AUCAGUAAAAUCGAAAACUAGGGCAAAAAUUAUCACUUGAAAUUUGGGGGCAAUUGGCCUGUAAAUUUGGUGAGAGCCGGAAAACAAUGACAGUCGACGACAACAGCUCCAUAUACGUCGGUGGUCUCCCCUACGACAUCGGCGAGGAAGGGCUCCGGAGAGUAUUCUACGAAUACGGCGCCGUCGUCGCCGUCAAGAUAAUCAAUGACCGGGCCAUUGGGGGGAAAUGCUAUGGAUUUGUUACUUUUGCUAACCCUAGAUCAGCGCUUCAAGCCAUCAAGGAGAUGGAUGGAAGGACCAUUGACGGGCGAGUUAUUAAGGUGAAUGAAGUCAAAACUAGAGGAGGGAGAACAAACUUUAACCAUGAAAGUUCUCGACAUGAUAUGGAGAGGAGUAGUGAUGGUGAUAGGGGCAGAGAUCGAGGAAGAGAUGACAAUUAUGAUAGACAGAGACAUCAGGAGGGACAUAGGGGAAGGUCUGAAGACCAAGAUCGUAUACGUGGCCAUGAUCGAACAAGGGAUCGGUAUGUGGAUGAAGAGAGAUUUCGGGAUUAUAAUAACAAUGAUAAUAAUAGACAUGUGGAUGAUGUCGAGCAUGAGCAUGGGAGAAAGCGCGAGCGCGAUUGGGAAAGAGAUAGAGAUAGAGAUAGAAAUGUCGAGCAACAAAGGAGCAACAGUCAUCAUAAAAGUGGAGUGAAUAGGUCUAGAUUUGAUGAUCAUGGGAGCAGAGAGCUUUCUAUAGAGUCGUUCAAUGGUGAUAUGGACCAGGGUGAAAACAAAUUAGCAGUUUCAAAUCAAAAGCUCGAAGAGCUGCGGAACGAGAUAUCUCAGUUGGAAGAACUGGUUGCAGACAAAGAAGACGUUGUUUCUAAAUUACAGGAAAAAUACCAGAAUUUGGAGGACUCGUUAAUUUCUGCCAAAAAGAGUACCUCACGUCGUCACACUCAACUAACCAAGUUGCAUAAAUGUUAUCUGCAAAUGAGAGACUACGAUGAGAGAUUCAAAAAGUCGGAACAAGAACUUAAGUGGCUGGUUGACUCAACCAUGGUUGAGUUGGGAAAUGAUGGAGGAGUUGGUGGUGAUGGAAUAGUGACAAAUGGGAGGGGUUGACUUAAAAUUGAGGUCUUUGACUACAAUAAUUAUUAUUAAUUAUUUUUUCUUCUUGUUUUUGCUUACCUAUUAGGCUAUUACUGAAACUGUAUUGCGUGUUGUUAUGGUUAAUAGAAUUUAUGCAAAUAAUUAAAAUAAAAUAAAAAAAGAAAAAAAAUACAUUGAUUAAUUAUUUA